UCUCUCUCUGUAACUCUGUAUUUUGGGAGUUGCCGCCUGUGUUCUCCAGGCUUUUUUUUUUUUUUUUUUUAAUCUGGGUGGUGUUCUUUUGUGGGGAUUUUGAGGUUUCUGGGCUGGGAUUUUGGCUUUUUAAAUAGAUUACAGCGAACCCAUUUGCUGGAUCUGGUGUUUUUGCUGUUUUUUUUACUGUUGCAGAGACAUCAUUUCUCUUCUGGUUUCAAGGUCUUGUUCUGCUCUGUUUUCCUCGGAAAUUCUGCUGCUGAAGCUGAAACUCCGGGUUUUCAGAUUCAAUACUGAAAGCCCAUAAACUGAAUCUGUUGAUUUCUUCCCUUUUCCUGCAAAAAUUUUAUCAUUCUGUGGAGAACAAGUACGGAAAUCUGUAUUCUUGGUGGGCUUUCGAAAUCUUCUUCAAUCUCUCCAUCAAACCCGCUUUUUUCAGGAUUCUGAGGCUGAAAAUCCUGACAUUCUCCAUCAAAACCCAAGAUUCUCGCAGAUCUCUGUGGGUUUUUGAAUUGUUCAGCGAUCUUCAAAAUCCAGCUCCAAAAAUCUUCCAACUUCUCAAAAAAAGGGAUUUUUUUGGGGGGCCUGUUACAUUUCAAUCCACGCCAUCUAUCUCUUUGAUUUUCACAUGCAUAACCUCACGGUCUUGAUGUUUCCUGAUUGAUGUCUCCAAUUCUCUGCGAAAUCCUUCGCUCCGGGUUUAUGAUCAAAUCGACACUCCGCCGAAGGACCCAUCUCGUUCAAUCCUUCUCUGUUGUAUUCCUUUACUGGUUUUAUGUGUUUUCAUGAGAAACCCUUUCUGAGAAGAAUCUGAUAUUAGAGUCCUGUUUUUUGCAUUCUCUAUCCAAUAAUCCUACAACAAUCAACACCCAUAAUCCAGUUUCCAUCAAUUAGCCUAGGAAAAUCUGAUAAUUAGGUGCUGUUUCUUCAAUUUCAAGCCACCCCAGAGUCUAGUUUUUUGUAAAUACAAGUAGUACAUAAUUCAAACCAUGGCUUCUCCAAGUGGGACAUCAUCAGGGUCCACCAUGUUGCAGAAUUCAGGAUCAGAGGAGGAUCUGCAGCAGCAUCUGGACCAGAGGAAGCGGAAGAGGAUGCAAUCCAACCGUGAAUCAGCAAAACGGUCCCGGAUGAGAAAGCAGAAGCACCUGGAUGAUCUGAUGACCCAGGUGGAUGAGCUGAGGAAGAAGAACAAUCAGAUCCUUACAAGCUUGAACAUCACCACACAGCAUUACUUGAAUGUGGAGAGUGAGAAUUCAGUACUGAGGACUCAGGUGGUGGAGCUCGACAACAGGCUUCAGUCCCUCAAUGAAAUCCUGCAAUACGUGCAUGGGGCCCACCCCAGUGCUGGUUUUGCGUUUGGUGGUCCUCAGGACUACGUUGACAGCUUCGUGAAGCCUUGGGAUAUGCUGUUUUUUAAUCAGCCUAUCAUGGCUUCACCAGACGCGUUUCAGUACUAGUAGACAUAGUUGGUGUUGGUAGUGGUGUUUGUGCAUGUUUACUUUACUUUGGUAGUCCUGGUUUUUUUUGUUUUUUUUUUUUCAUUCCUGCAUGGAGAAGGAUAUGCCCACUGGGGGUGGUAUAUUGCAUACAAUGCAUUCAUGAGGUUUGGGUGUAACUGGUGUUUCUAUUUAUAUAAUAUAAUAAUAACUUAGUUGCUGCAAA